GACAGCUCGGGCCGAAGGCGAAUCAAAAAGGGCCAACUUGAUGCUUCCCAUCGCCGCCUCUUGUGCCUCGUAGAUCCCUCCCGUCUCCACCGCUACGUUCAAUGGAUUGCGACGCCUCCGAGAUCCCUACCUCCGCAAUCCCCACGGCGGAGAUGACAGCCGGCGCCGACGGCUGCUUCUCGGAGGAGCAGACCGUCCUCCUCCACGGUGACCUCGACCUCUGGAUCCUGAAGGCCCGCCGCCUCCCCAACAUGGACAUGUUCUCCGAGCACCUCCGACGCUGCUUCGUCGCCUGCCGCCCUCCCUCCCCCUCCUCCUGCACCCGCUUCCACCGCCCUCACCAUCACGACCACCACCACCACCACCACCGGAAGAUCAUCACCAGCGACCCCUACGUCACCAUCUCCCUCGCCGGCGCCACCGUCGCCCGCACCCGCGUCAUCUCCAACUCCGAGGACCCCAAUUGGAACGAGCACUUCAAGAUCCCCCUCGCUCACCGCUCUCGCUUCAUCGAUUUCCAUGUCAAGGACAAUGACGUCUUCGGCGCCCAGCUCAUCGGCACCGUCUCCAUCCCCGCCACCCUAGUCGCCUCUGGCGAGCUCGUCCGCGACUGGUUCCCCAUCCUCGACCCCUCCGGCAAGCCCCCCAAGCCGGAAACCGCCCUUCUCGUCUCUCUCCAGUACAAGCCCGUCGGCAGUAACCCCAUCUACGACCAUGGCAUCCCUGGCGAUCCCGAGAAGCUCGGGGUGAGGGACACCUACUUCCCAAUGCGAAAGGGAGGUCUGGUGACGCUAUACCAGGAUGCUCAUGUGAGGGAGGGGGAGCUUCCAGAGAUCGAGCUCGAAAAAGGAACGAAAUUUGAGCAUAAUAGGUGCUGGGAGGACAUCUGCCAUGCCAUUCUUGAGGCUCACCAUUUGAUCUAUAUCGUCGGUUGGUCGGUGUAUCACAAGGUGAAGCUGGUCAGGGAGCCGACCAGGCCACUGCCGCCCGAAGUGGAGAAUUUCACUUUGGGGGAGCUGCUAAAGUACAAGUCGCAGGAGGGGGUUCGGGUUUGCUUGCUGGUUUGGGAUGAUAAGACUUCGCAUGAUAAACUCUGUUUUAAAACGGAAGGAGUGAUGCAAACUCAUGAUGAAGAUACUCGAAAGUUUUUCAAGCAUUCUUCUGUCAUUUGUGUGCUGUCACCUCGUUAUGCCAGCAGUAAGCUUAGCAUUUUCAAGCAGCAGGUUGUGGGAACCCUCUUUACACACCAUCAGAAAUGUGUGUUGGUUGAUACACAGGCUUCUCUAAAUAACCGAAAAAUCAGUGCUUUCAUAGGCGGUCUUGAUCUUUGUGAUGGCCGCUAUGAUACACCACAACAUAGAAUUUUUUCUGAUCUUGACAGUGUAUUUUUGAAUGAUUUUCACAAUCCCACAUUUCCCGCAGUAACAAAAGGUCCGAGACAGCCGUGGCAUGAUUUACACUGCAAAAUUGAAGGUCCAGCUGCAUAUGAUGUCCUUACGAAUUUUGAGCAGCGCUGGCGGAAGGCGACAAAAUGGCGGGAAUUUGGGGAACGUUUUAAAAGAGUAUCGCACUGGAGUGAUGAUGCACUGAUAAAGCUAGAACGAAUUUCAUGGAUACUUAGUCCUUCAUCUACUGUUCCAAAUAAUGAUCCAAGCCUUUGGGUUUCCAAGGAAGAAGAUUCUGAAACUUGGCAUGUGCAGAUUUUCCGAUCUAUAGACUCUGGAUCAGUUAAAGGAUUUCCCAAGGAUGUUCAUGAAGCUUUGGAGAAGAACCUUGUUUGUCAAAAGAAUCUAGUGAUUGAUAAGAGCAUCCAUACAGCAUAUGUAAAGGCCAUCAGAUCCGCACAGCACUUCAUUUAUAUUGAAAAUCAGUAUUUUCUUGGUUCAUCUUACGGUUGGCCUUCCUACAAAAAUGCAGGUGCUGAUAAUUUGAUACCAAUGGAAUUAGCCUUAAAGGUUGCUAGCAAAAUUAGAGCUGGAGAGCGAUUUGCAGUGUAUAUAGUUAUACCAAUGUGGCCUGAAGGAGUCCCAACUGCUGCCUCUGUUCAAGAAAUUCUUUUUUGGCAGGGCCAGACUAUACAAAUGAUGUAUGAAAUCAUUGGACAGGAGCUCAAAUCCAUGAAUGUAGAGAAUGCACAUCCGCAAGAUUACCUGAAUUUCUAUUGUCUUGGCAACAGGGAAGAAAAGCCGAAGGGUGACUUGCCAUUAGAUGAUGAACCUUCAGAAAAAAGUGCAGCGGCCCUUUGUCAAAAAUUUCGACGGUUCAUGAUUUAUGUUCACGCAAAAGGGAUGAUAGUAGAUGAUGAGUAUGUGAUUUUGGGGUCUGCCAAUAUCAAUCAGAGAUCUCUAUCUGGUUCUAGAGACACCGAAAUAGCUGUGGGUGCAUAUCAGCCCCAUCAUGCAUGGGCUGAGAAAAAAAGACAUCCACAUGGCCAGGUAUAUGGAUACAGGAUGUCCCUGUGGGCAGAGCAUCUAGGCAUGGUGGAUGACCGGUUCAAAGAGCCUAACAGUAUAGAGUGCGUGAAAUUUGUGAAUGAGAUAGCUGACGAGAACUGGGCAAAAUACUUAGCAGAGGAAGUGAGACCAUUGAGAGGACACCUCCUUAAGUACCCAAUCAAGGUGGAAGUAGACGGUAAGGUUGGUCCCCUACCAAACCAAGAGUGCUUUCCUGAUGUUGGUGGCAGAAUUUUAGGAUCACCGACUACUCUCCCUGAUACAUUGACAAUGUAGCAUCCCUGUGGAUGAUGAGAACAUGGAAAAAAAGAAAGUUACACCCUUCUGAAGGAAUAAAAAAAAAAAGAGGGACAACCGAGUAUCCCCAAUCCAACCUGCUGGAAAAUCAGUGGUGGUUUUUGGCCCCUUUUUGAAGCUCCUGUGUGGGAUAGAUGGUUAAAAUUAUUGCUUCUGUGUCUUUUCCCAUUGUGGUUUAUGCUUGUGAUCUGUGUAAUGCUGCAAUUAGUAGUAUGAAUAUUGCCCUUGGUUUUGUAAUCUUGUGGGCUAACCUUGUUUUCAGCCUCUCCUAGCUUGUGCGGCGCACUUGAUAAUAAUUAUUUGUCAGUUUUAAUAAAACAAUUUUGUGUAGACAAACAACAGAUACAAUGAACUUUUUUGUAAGAAAUAUUGCUCAAAAUAGUCUUCUUCAAAGAUAAUUUGCAUCAAUAUGCUAUGAACUGGACAUGUUCCUUCAAUCCUUUCAGUCUCCAACGCAAUGCUUACAUUGAAAUAUUACUGCAUCCAUAUGCCUGUAAAGGCGCACGCACACGCAGAGAGAGAAGGCCAUAUAUAUGAAUUGGAAGUCGCUACAAAAAAAGAACAACCAUUGGAAACUCCUGGAUGGACAGAACUGGUGUCUUCUCAUCCAUUCAUUCCAUAAUAAAAAUUACGACCAGCUUAAAAAAAAAAAAAGAAAA